GGCCGGAGGCGCGCGGGGCUCCCGGGGCGCCCGCACUAUGCGGGCGGACCGCCGGCCGCCGCGAUGCCCAGCCUGGCGGCGGUGAGAGCCGGGCGCCGCCCGCGCUGUGCCCCGCUCCGGGCCGCGGCCGCCGCCCCCGCCCGGGCCGCGCUCCCGCCCUGCCCCGCCUCCGCCGCCGGCUCCAGGCCCGGGCUCCUGCGGCUGCCGCUCGUCCUGCUCCUGCUGCUCGAGGCCGCCGGCGCCCAGCAAGGUGAUGGAUGUGGACACACUGUACUAGGUCCUGAGAGUGGAACCCUUACAUCCAUAAACUACCCACAAACCUAUCCCAACAGCACUGUUUGUGAAUGGGAGAUCCGUGUAAAGAUGGGAGAGAGAGUUCGCAUCAAAUUUGGUGACUUUGACAUUGAAGAUUCUGAUGCUUGUCACUUUAAUUACUUGAGAAUUUAUAACGGAAUUGGAGUCGGCAGAACUGAAAUAGGCAAAUACUGUGGUCUGGGGUUGCAAAUGAACCAUUCAAUCGAAUCAAAAAGCAAUGAAAUCACAUUGCUGUUCAUGAGUGGAAUCCACAUUUCUGGACGCGGAUUUUUGGCCUCAUACUCUGUUAUAGAUAAACAAGAUCUAAUUACUUGUUUGGACACUGCAUCCAAUUUUUUGGAACCUGAGUUCAGUAAGUACUGCCCAGCUGGUUGUCUGCUUCCUUUUGCUGAGAUAUCUGGAACAAUUCCUCAUGGAUAUAGAGAUUCCUCGCCCUUGUGCAUGGCCGGUGUGCAUGCAGGAGUAGUGUCAAACAUGUGGGGUGGCCAAAUCAGUGUGGUGAUUAGUAAAGGUAUCCCAUAUUAUGAAAGUUCUUUGGCUAACAACGUCACAUCUGUGGUGGGACACUUAUCUGCAAGUCUUUUUACAUUUAAGACAAGUGGUUGUUAUGGAACACUGGGGAUGGAGUCUGGUGUGAUCGCAGAUCCUCAGAUAACGGCAUCAUCUGUGCUGGAGUGGACUGACCACACAGGGCAGGAAAACAGUUGGAAACCGGAAAAGGCCAGGCUGAGAAAACCCGGACCGCCUUGGGCUGCUUUUGCCACUGAUGAAUACCAGUGGUUACAAAUAGAUCUGAAUAAGGAAAAGAAAAUAACAGGUAUUAUAACUACUGGAUCCACCAUGGUGGAGCACAAUUACUAUGUGUCUGCCUACAGAGUCCUGUACAGUGAUGAUGGGCAGAAAUGGACUGUGUACAGAGAGCCUGGUGUGGAGCAAGAUAAGAUAUUUCAAGGAAACAAAGAUUAUCACCAGGAUGUGCGUAAUAACUUUUUGCCACCAAUUAUUGCACGUUUUAUUAGAGUGAAUCCUACCCAAUGGCAGCAGAAAAUUGCCAUGAAAAUGGAGCUGCUCGGAUGCCAGUUUAUUCCUAAAGGUCGUCCUCCAAAACUUACUCAACCUCCACCUCCUCGGAACAGCAAUGACCUCAAAAACACUACGACCCCUCCAAAAAUAGCCAAAGGUCGUGCCCCAAAAUUUACUCAACCGCUACAACCUCGCAGUAGCAAUGAAUUUCCUGCACAGACAGAACAGACAACUGCCACUCCUGAUAUCAGAAAUACUACCGUAACUCCAAAUGUAACCAAAGAUGUAGCCCUGGCUGCAGUCCUUGUCCCUGUGCUGGUCAUGGUCCUCACGACUCUCAUUCUCGUAUUGGUGUGUGCUUGGCACUGGAGAAACAGAAAGAAAAAAACGGAAGGCACCUAUGACUUACCUUACUGGGACCGGGCAGGGUGGUGGAAAGGAAUGAAGCAGUUUCUUCCUGCAAAAGCAGUGGACCAUGAGGAAACCCCAGUUCGCUAUAGCAGUAGCGAAGUGAAUCACCUGAGUUCAAGAGAGGUCACCACAGUGCUGCAAGCUGACUCUGCAGAAUAUGCUCAGCCACUCGUAGGCGGAAUUGUCGGUACACUUCAUCAGAGAUCUACCUUUAAGCCGGAAGAAGGCAAAGCAGCAGGCUAUGCAGACCCAGAUCCUUACAGCUCCCCAGUGCAGGAAGUUGAUCAUGCCUAUGCAGAACCACUCCCAAUCACGGGGCCCGAGUAUGCAACCCCAAUCGUCAUGGACAUGUCCGGGCACCCCACCGCUUCAGCUGGUCUGCCCUCCACAUCCACUUUCAAAGCUACGGGGAACCAGCCUCCCCCGCUAGUGGGAACUUACAAUACACUUCUCUCCAGGACUGACAGCUGCUCCUCAGCCCAGGCCCAGUAUGAUACCCCAAAAGGUGGGAAGCCAGGUCCAGCUGCCCCAGAUGAAUUGGUGUACCAGGUGCCGCAGAGCGCACAGGAAGUAUCAGGAGCAGGAAGGAAUGGAGAAUGCGGUGUUUCGAAAGAAAUCCUUUGAAGGUGAUGCUGCUUUUUACAAAGCAUCGUUUCAAAGCACAUGGCCUUUUCUUUUUUUUAGUUAUUAGUGGUAGUAAUAUAUAGAAUGUAUUACAUAUCUGUCACUGAAGUGGUUGGGGAAGAUGUGGUGACUGAGGUACAGGAAACUACUAAUCUUGCCAUCUUGCUUUAAAGGUGUUAAUGGUGGCACAGUUACUGCUUGCCUCUAAAAUUUCAAACAUCUUGUUUGAUACUACUGUAGAACACUAUUUUUAAUACAGAAAAAGCUCCCUAUAAUGCACUUCAAAGAAAUUAAAAAUCACUGAGAGUAUUUAUUACCAAUGCUGCAGGUACAUUAAUGAACUCGAGAUGGCUCUCUCAGCCUGACUGGCAAUAACGCACGGUACUGUUCUUGAAAUAUCUAAUGGCUUGAAAUUCUAGACUGUUUGUGAAAGAUGGGUACUACCAUGAUUUCCUCUUCUAUUCCUGUAUUCCUUUCUGGGAUAUGUUUUUUUUAAAUAGUCAGUGAUACAAGCAUUGCUUUGAUUGCAGCCAUAUUCGCUUACUCAUCUUACCAUCUGCAGCUGGGACACUCUGACUUUAAGGACACUCUAAGGAGCCAGGGCAUUGCUUUUUCACUUUGCGACACUCUUUAGAGCUUUAAUGCUUCCCGGUCUAUGACCUGCUGUCAUCCGUGGGCGUUCCACUUGAGGCCCUUGGUGGCUUGCCCCAUUCUUGUGUUUGUAAAAUGUUUGAGUAUUUCUUUGAGUGAUGCUUGCCUUACCAGUCACAUGAAUUCAGAUCCUUUCAUGUCUUUAAGUACGCUCCCCAUGUGGAAACAGGAACAGCUUUACAAUCGGAAAGCUUUUAAGGAGCUUGUUCUCCCACCCCCAACUUUAUUUGCAGUGGGAUUUUUCCGAGGAGAGUUAUGAAAAAUCGAGGGCUUCGAAGGGAGUGCUGUAAACAUGACCCAUUUCUAUUUGUCACAGUGAAAGGGAAAAUUACUCACUCAGAAGUAAUACAAAUUACCUUGUUAGAAAGUGACUAGAAUUUGUCCUUUUUGGUUUAUACGUUCACACACAAACAUACACAUUUUUCUUGAGUCUCAAGGUAUUUUAUUAUUUUUAGUCAAUAAAAUUUUUAAUUUUCCAUAAACUGUUACACAAAAUAUAAACCUGAUGUGUGUUUUUCAGGACUGCAUGAUCAUGCCCUUUGUGUAGUAAGAGGUGUGAGCCAUCCUGUGUGUCACCUAGGGAGCAGACAUUAUCACCUCCUAGCAAGUGAACAUUCAUUGCCUUGCGUUUGAUACCUCCUGGCAGCUUCCAUGUCACCACUUGUUCAUACCUGCCCACAGCUAGUUUUAGACACAGCAAAACAGAAAUCAUCUAUAAUUUUAUCAGCCAACAAUGGCAGGGCGACCUGCGCAGCUUACCACACGAUAAAAAUACAUAAAUUUGACAUUCCCCUUCCGUAAACCCUCGUUUGUCGACUUAAUGUUCAACAGUCCUUCUCCACAAAGUUCUGUCACUUCCGUUGGCCUGAGCCACCAGACUGUGUUGUUGCCAGAAUUCACUGAAUUUGAAUAGAUGAACAGUAUUAGUUGUCCUGCUUCCAUGAAUUAUGUCAGUAUUCUAAAACAUUGCUUCAGAAGGAGAACCGUUUAUUUCUGCAGACUUCCUGCCCUUUUGUAGUAUGGUUUUGUCGGCCUUAUUUUCGUUGGCUGUUUCUUCUCCAGACUGUGAGGCACAAUUUCAUUCAUUGAAAAAUCAAUACAUAAUUUGUUUAAAAAUGUUUGAAGCAAAAGACAUAGAUGUCAGGCUUUUAUUAAAACAUACAUGCGAUGUGUAAAGCACGCGUGAUUUUUUAAUUCAUGCUUAGUACACAGAGAAUAUUACUUUCCCUCAAGUAGUAUACCUGUUUGAAGCUUUAAGAGAGAUAAUGUUUUUGAUAACUAUUUCAUUUUCCCAAAGAAGUUUGCUAUUGUCGUGUAAUUGUGUAUACCUGAUUGUUUUCCUGGAGUUUCGUUGUUCAGUGUUUUGUUUUUUUUUAAGAGAAGCAGGUGUUUUCUGAAAUUAUGCAUAUUUUAAGACUCGAUUCGUACUGCUUUGGACUACCAAUAAUUUUUAUAAAACAUCUAGUUUUUACUACUUUUAUAUAAACUUUACUUUCCAGAUGAAGAGCUGAGCCUGAUUCAGAUGGUUUUUCUGCUUGGUACUUUAUUCGUUUGUUUUUAUAGUAGAGGUUUUCUAAUUGUUUUUUACCACAUUUAUAUGUCUGAUAUAUACAGCUUUGGAGACAAUCAAGUAACAACUGAAAAUGUGAAAGUAACCAUAUUUGACAAAAUUUCCCUUGAAUUGUUAUCUUUUGCUUCCAGCGUCUAAGACUCAAAGUCACUGGUGUAUUGGAUCAAAUUUGUUCUUGUUAAUACAAUUAUAGAAAUACAUCAGAGACACAACAAAUGUGGCCAUUACAGGUUUCAUAAAAUUAUCCUGACUUGGCUGUUAGUUGAUCUUCAGAAACAGCGCAGUUUAAGAUAUUGUGAAUUCUGAUUUAUACUUAUUAAAUGCUGUAGAUCUAAACAGAUCCUGUUGUAUGUGCUGGGUCUAGUCCAGUUUAUUUAAGUUCAUGUUUCACUAUUUGCACUUUGCAUUGAACAGUGGGUUUAUUUGCUGAUGUAAAUGGUUUGAGUGAAGAAUUAAUGCAGUAAUUAUGACAACACAUACACACUUGCCUCUCCCACCCCCUUUCCAGGAGAGGGGAGCAGAAUCUGAGCUUAUCUAAAUAUGAAUGUGGCCACAAAGCUGUGCAAAGUGACAAAGCUUAGACACCUUUGCCCUGGCUCCGCACUGUCACCUAGAGAGCAAGAAGUCUGUAGAAACAUCAUGUCAGAUGCAACGAUUCUCUGCUUUUUGGUUCUGAACUUGAAGUUCCUAAACUGCAAAAUCUAAGAGUUGUUGGAUGGUUAUUGAAAGGCGUUUAAAGUCACCUGUGGCACCAGUUCUCAUGUAUCCAACUUGUGACUAUUUUCUGUGUGUGGCACUGGGAAAAGUGGAAACAUGUUGACAUACAUGCUGGAAAUAAAAAUGGUUUAAGCGUCAGUGACUUUCUCCCAGAAUGUACUUUUCUUACCUCGGCAUGUACUGUAGUCACUCAGUGUCUGUAUAUGUUGCUAGAAUUUAGAUUGUAAAAUAGUGAAAUUUUCAUGUGUUCAUUUGUUUUUAAUAAAUUGUAUAUAUGUCUUGCUCAGAUUAUUUGGUUUAAAUAAAACAACUUUGAGGUUUGUAGCUCUUCCCUAUACU